CACGGUCCGUUGGCGUAUACAUUGAAUGGAACAUACCAAGGAAUCUCCCUCCCAGACCUGUCCCAAGAGGUAUUCCUGGGCAUCCCCUACGCCAACUCCUCCCGGCGCCUCCACCUGGCCUCCUCCCUCAACGAGACAUGGAACGGAACCCGCUCGGCCACUGACCAAGGAGCCACCUGCCCUGGCGCGACGACGCAGUAUGCCUACGGCUGGGCCAUCGCCGAGGACUGCCUCAACUUCAACCUCGUCCGCCCAGCCGGCGUGACCCCGAACCAGUCCCUCCCCGUCAUGGUCUGGAUCUACGGCGGCGGGUUCUACCAGGGCGCCGCCCGCGACCCGGAGUUCAACCAGUCGUGGAUCGUGCAGACGUCGCAGGAGAUUGGGCUGCCUGUGAUUGUGAUUACGCUCAACUCGCGGCUGAGUGCCUGGGGGUAUAUGAACUCUGAGCAGGCCAUCAGACAGGGCGUGGCUAAUCUGGGCUUGCGGGAUGUCUGGAAGCACUUGGAAUGGCUGCAUGAGAAUAUUAGAGGGUUUGGUGGUGAUCCGAGCCGCAUCACGGUCAUGGGACAAUCUUCAGGUGGGUUGACUGUGGAAAUGCUGGCGAUGGCAUACAGCGGCCAGCAUUCCCUCUUCAAUAAUGGCAUCACAUCGAGCAUCACGCUCUUCUCGCCUUUUUGGUCCACGAUUACCGCACAGCAAUCUCUAUACCAGGACCUGCUCAACAUCACUGGUUGCUACUACGACAAUGACAGCAUGGAAUGUCUUCGAGGUUGUGAGUAUAUCAUAGCAUCCCUAGAAGGAGGAGGCAAAGGAUGGCGCCCAGUCGUCGACGGCGACUUUCUCAAAAACUCCCCCUACUACCAAUUCGCCAACCAGCAAAUAGCCAACAUCCCGCUCCUCGUAGGCAGCAACUCAGACGAAGGCCUAAGCACCUUCCAGACCGCCUCCAACACAGACGACGAGCUCGCCGCCGCCCUCCAGACCCAGAUGGGCGUCAACGCCACUAUGGCCCAGGAGCUGCUCGCCCUGUACCCGGCGGACGAGGGCGCGCAGUACCCGCCCUACUCCCAGCCCAUGGACCUCGACUGGAUCAACCUCACCGCGGCCGUGGGGACAGCCUCGGGCAACAUGACGCGCAGGGCCUACGCCAUGGGCGGCGACUGGUCGUCCAUGUCCGGCCGGAGACUGACCGCCUCGCGGUGGGGGGACGCCACGCGCGGCAGCCCCGUGUACUCGUACCGCUUCGACACGGACGUCCACCGGUUCCCGCUCACGACGACGGGCCUCGGCUUCAGCCAGCACGGCGCGGACCUGUCGUAUGAUUUCCGCCUGCCGUAUGUGCCGUAUACGGAUAACUUCCCGCUGGCCAACGUGUCGGCGCUGCAGAAUGUCAGUUAUGCGAUCCAGGCGACGUGGAUCAGCUUUGCGUCUACGGAUAGCCCGAAUCACCACGGCCUGGAGUGGGUGCCUGCGUGGCCCGAGUAUACCGCGUCCAAGCAGAAUAUGGUUUGGAAUGGGACGUUGGACAAUACGUUGAACAUACAUAUAGAGAACGACACGUUCCGACAGGACCAGAUUCAAUGGUGGAUGGAUCACUGGGGGUACCUGUUG